AUGGCUCUCGAGGCACUGCUCGAAGAGGCGAAGCCCCUGGAACUCCAGGUCUUCGGAGGUGACAACACACACCGACCAACCUUCCAGGAGUGUGAAUCCUACGACUAUGUGCAUGUGAUGGAAAAUAUGACGGCCGGCAGCUCUGUCUUAAUGGUCGUCGCCACAGACAGGGACAGCGGCCCCAGUGGCUCCACUUCGUACCACCUUGUUCACAGCUUCAGCAGCUUUGCCAUCCAGACUUUACACCAUCACGGCAAGAUAACCACAACGCGGCGCUUGGACAAGGACGCGGGAGACCAGGAGUUUUUUCUGACGGUGGUGGCAAAGGACAACGGCUCGCCGCCCCUCCAAGCCUCUUGCUCCUUCAGAGUCAUUGUAGAUGACCUCAACGACAACGCGCCUGUGUUUGACCAGACUCGAUACCAGCAAACAAUAGCCACAGAUCACGACCCAGCCCUUCCCGUCCUCCGAGUCUCCGCCUCUGACAGGGACACCGGCAAGAAUGCCCACAUCAACUACCACCUCGAAGGUCAUCCCAACCACCUGGAGUUUUUCUACUUGGAACCUAUUACGGGGGUUCUCUCCCUCAAGCGGCCCCUCACCACGACCAUGGCCAACACCAAGGUCUUCGACGUGCGUGUUCGGGCUGUGGACGGAGGAACGCCGCCGCUAUGGUCCACAGCGUCCAUCAGUGUGCGGGUGGUGUCCUCGGGGCAAGUGCCCCCCUCACUGUCCAGCCUUCAUCCAGGGAAGCCAGCGGUUCUCGAGAACACAACGGAGAAUACGGAUGUGGUUGUGGUGUGUGCCAGGUCAAACUUGGCAAACGCGCCCAACGUUUAUUUCACUCUGCUGAACGGCGACACACCUGAAACCAACUCCGACGGAACCUUCGCCAUCAGACGAGUGCCGGACCAUCAGGCGGGGGCGUGUGGUGAGCACUCUGGCGUCAGCAUCUUCGUCGCCACCAGGAACCUUGAUUUCGAGACCCUUCAGAUGUAUAGACUAACUUUACAGAUGGUGAACGACCACAAUGCCCGCCUGGAGCAGCAGGUCCUGGUGGACAUCGUGGACGUGAACGACAAUGCGCCACUACUGCAGGCGUGGGACGGAGUGGUGCUGGAGAACAUGGGUAGCGGCCUAAUCACCACCAUCCAGGCCGUAGACAAGGACGCCUCACCCCAGUACAGGCAGCUCAGUUACACGUUCGACGCUACGGCAUCGCACGACGUAGUGAGCAAGUUUGCCCUGAAGACCAACGGGGAACUGUGGAGCACGCAACCCCUGGACCGAGAGGAAGUGGGCCAAUACCGUGUACCUAUCCAGGUGAACGACGGCGUGCCAGAACACGCGCGCAUGACUACUUACUGGAUCACAGUUCAAGACCUCAACGACGUUCCACCAGCUUUCAACCGCUCCCUGGGCGUGUACGAGGUGAAACUGCCGGAGAACAGGGAAGUGGGCAAGCCGACGGGGAUACGCAUUGCUGUGGACGACCCUGACAUAGUAAACCAGUUCACCUUCGACAUCGUGAGCGGCAACGAGCAGGGAAAGUUUCGUAUCGAUCCCACGUCCAGGUCACUCUUGGUGGACGCCGCUCUUGACUACGACUACCCGGUCAACGACAGAAAUUUCACGCUGCGGGUACGAGUAAGUGACGGCACCAACGCCCCUGCACUCACAGACGUGGUGGUGGCCGUGACUAACGUAAACGACCUGCAGCCAAUGUUUACACAGUCCAACUACUCCUUCGUGGUGACGGAGAACACAGACUGCUCUGUCCCGCUAGGCCAGGUGACCGCCCUGGACCCUGACCUGCCACCAACUGUGAGUCAGGACAUUCUCUACUACCUCUCCCCUGACGAGCAGAGGAACUUCACCAUCGACAGUCGCUCUGGCCAUAUUUCCGUCAAGGGCUGCCUGGACAGAGAGGCCACGGCACACGGCUCUGUGACACUCUACGUGCGUGCCAACGAUGAGGGGGGGAAGGGUCACGAUGCCGAUCCUGCCCCCGUGUUGGUCACCAUUCUUGACCUCAACGAUAACUUCCCACACUUCAUCAUGCCGCGGAGCGAGGCAACUCUAGCAUUUGGCCUGCAAGUUCCUUCCUACGGAGUUGGACAUGAUUCGAGUGAGCUGCAGGGUGAGUCUACCAUGCUCCUUAUUCCUGAUGCUACCAUGGUAGCUAAUGCUUGUAUUGUCCUUCAGGUGUAA